AUGGAAGGGCAGCGGAGGGUGUACAAGUGCCGCAAGUGCGGCCAACCGAAGAAGGGCCACGUGUGCACCUACGACGAAAGCACGUCUUCAGUGGCGGAGGCGGAGCCACCAUCGACAAAGGCGAAAGCACAUAAAUCAAAUCUGCUGCAGGAAAAUCCACAAGAGGAGGACAAGGACUUGCCCCUCUACUUUGUCGUGCUGGACCUGGAGGCCACUUGCGACGAAGACUGGAACCGCAACUUCUACCCCCAGGAGAUCAUCGAGUUCUCGGCAGUGCUGUGGAGCACGGCCACGCACGAAGUGGAGGACACGUUCCAGGUGUACGUCAAGCCCUUGGUGCACCCCGUGCUCACGCCCUUCUGCCACCACCUCACCGGCAUCCACCAAGAGUGGGUCGACAACGGCGCCUCGCUGCAGGAGUGUCUGCAGAUGUUCCACGAGUGGCUCGAGCGACACGACCUGCUGCUGGCGCCACGCCCCACCAGCACGAUGCCGGCCUCCACUUCAAUAACGACUACUUCCUCGGCCUUCUGGCUGGCGACGUGGAGCGACUGGGACCUGGGCACCAUGCUCGAAGCCCAGUGCAUCCGCACGUGCCUGGACAAGGAGCCCUACUUCAACCAAUGGGUCGACCUGAAGCAGCUCUACAUGCGCUACUACUCCAAGAAGUUCAGAGUGAAGCUGUCGGAGGCGGUGGCCAGCCUGGGGCUCGGCUGGGAGGGGGCGGAGCACUGUGCGCUGGACGACUGUCGCAACACGAGCCGACUACUGGGCAAGAUCAUCGAACAUGGCCACCCCGUCUACCUCACCUCUGCCCUCCCACACGCGCCCUGA